AAACGCCUGAGCGAACGCCUUCGCGACACUGACGACGGCGAGCGUCGUCCGCAGUGCGCAUCUCAGCCGUCGUCGUUUGUCGCGCGUUUUAUUUAUACACCGACGGGACGGACACGCUUCUCGCCGGGGCACGGUGCUAUAAUUAUCUUACUGAUCUCACUGGCAGGUCUGCUUGUUUAACGAUAGAUAAUUCGCCCGGUAAACGCCGACAGUGCACCUCACAGAGCCCGCCACAAUUUUCGGUAGGUACGCCGUUGGAGAUCUCCACAGCUGUAUUACUGACGGACCAUGGACGCCGAAUCGUUUUUGGAGUUUGCCAGCCAAGUGACCAAAUGGAAGAUGUACCCGUACUUCGACGUGGCGCAUAGCGUGCUCUGUGCGCUCCAUGUCCGUGACGACCUCGGUCCAGGAGCACUGGCGUUUUCGCGUAAGCAUCCCAUUUCCUGUUGGCUAUCUACGAUGCUGGUCGUCUUUGCCGGAGGUAUGCUGAGCGCUGCACUACUCGGCGAACCCCCUUUGGCACCGCUCAAAAACACUCAACAACUUAUAAUUGCUUCAGCUGUGUGGUAUCUAGUUUUUUACACACCAUUUGAUAUUGGGUACAGUAUUGCAAAAUUUCUUCCUGUAAAAAUAGUGUUUUCUGUUAUGAAAGAAAUAUAUCGUUGCAAAAAAGUACAUGAUGGUGUAUUGCAUGCAGCUAAACUCUAUCCCAACGCCUACAUUAUAAUGAUUUUAAUCGGGACUCUUAAAGGAAAUGGUGCUUCAUUUACAAAAAUUAUUGAAAGACUGUUACGAGGAGUAUGGACACCCACAUCUAUUGAAACAUUACAACCAAGUUUUACUACUAAGGCAUGUAUUAUAGCAUCCGUGGUGUUUGUACUUGAUAUUAAAAGUGAUUUGAUAUCAGCUCCACAUGCUUUCGUUUAUGUUUUUGUCAUUGGUUUCUUCAUAUACUUUAAGGUAUUUUCUUCAAUGAUUUUGGGUAUACAUGAGCCUAUGUUACCAUUUGAAAACUUGAUAUGUGCAAUAUUCUUUGGAGGUAUAUUUGAUUAUACUACUAAAGCAUUCAAAAAUACCAAAGAUGAUAAAGGAGAUACAAAAAAGAAAGAUUAACCAUAAAUGAUAUUUGGUUAAUGUUCUAAAUGUUCACGAUAUUCACUAUGUGAUGAAUUAUUUUAUAUCUAGUCGAUGCAUUUUUCAUGCACAAAAACAAAUCAUAUGUUCCCCCAACUGACUAUUAAUUAUAAAAUCAGUUUUUU